UCUCACUCUCCUCUAGCCCAGUCCCCUUUCACCCUCUCCCACUCUUUCCUCCCUCGGCGAGCUUCCCUUGUCCCACGCCUAAAAUCCGUGCCUGAGCAGAGGCUCGCUUUCCGCUUCUAACCUCUUACACCCUGAACCCUCCCACAGCCUGAACGGCUCUCCCUCGGCUCUUCUUUCUCUUGCCUUAACGAACCCCCAACAUUCUCUCUCCCUUUGGCACGCACGCGCGAGAGCUCACUACUACCUUCUCCGUACCAAUAGUUCACUCACUCAUCCACUCACCCACUCGCUCGCUCACUCACUCGCUCGACGCUCACGCACUCAGUCACUGCUCACUACUCACUCUGACUCGGUCGGCCGCUGCAGUGGCGUACAACUCACCAGACCAUGGUUGCCACGUCCCUUUUAUUUAUUCAUUCCCAGCCUUUUUCUUUUACACCACGUUCUUUCCGAUAAUUGAGAAUGGCUCGCAGCUCUCGCGAGUCAUCCCGGUACGGCUGCUGUGCGAAUGUAGACAGCCUAUAUAUAUAUAUAUAUAUAUAUAUAUAUAUGUAUAUAUGUAGGAUAGAUGCAUCACAAUACACUCAUCUCAAGCGUCCUCAUUGAUUGGAAAUUAAAUGUAUUUUCAGUUGCCAGCGAGCUGGUGACACUGGCUGGCAACUCGUUGUCUGACCAUUGCACGAUGAGCGUAUAAUUGACUUUCGACCUUGUACCCAGCACGUUCGUGACACGUGUAAAUAGCGCAUGCUUUUCACCGUGACGUCUAAAAGGUGCGCGGUAGAUUAAUAUGCUCGGACGGAAGUGAUGGCGUGCUUGCGACUUUUGGGGUUGGGCACAAUAGUGCCUGGAGAUUACAUAGGGUGGUUUAGAUGUCAGGAGUAAAGGCUGGAAUGUGGAACGUCAGGGUUUUCGCUUCAUGGAAGGAUUUCAUUCGGUGCUGCUAUUGAUUCGUUGCACUGGUGUUGCAACAGCAAUGCCAUCGGUUAUAAUGCACUCUCCUUUAGGCAUACCGAGACCAUAACUCCUUCGUGUUCGGAAUUCGCUGUAGCGAGCAGUACGGGAUGGCUGCACGUGUUUUCGCAUGAAAAUGCAAUAAACGUAUAAUUAUCAUAAGGUGCAAUGUCACUGCGUGACGUUUCUGCGUCUAUAAGUAGAAGAUAAGAUGUAUGCAAAUGAUAUAUGGCAUGAGGUAGAGCUAAAGUCUGGUUCGAUUUUGGUAGGUAACUCGAAGUGGACGUAGUUGAGGAAUUUUGACGAAUUCUCGUGGAGUGUCGAAACUCUUAAAAUUUUCAAGGAAGAAAAUCCUUCGGGCGGUUGUAGUCGGUCGACGGUAGUCCAAAAGGUUCGUCCAGGAAGACAAGGAAAAAAGUAUAACGGUAUGCCAGGCAUUUAAGGUCUAACGCUGAAACGCUGGACGGAGAGAACGAGUGGGAGGAGGUUUCAGGAGAGAAGGUGCCAGUAGUGGUGGAGGAGUUGAGAGGAGCCGAAGAGUAAAAAAAAUGAGCGAGGGAAAGAAGGAGGGAAAGAAAGAAAGGACGGGAGGCAGUCCUGGAGCUGGAACGAGAGACCACUUCAGGUCCAAGUCUCGUGCUCGUGGACAUUCUGGAUUCGUCGCUGAGGUUGUCCGAUGGAUGGUGGGUGGAUGUCAUCGGGUCCCUGAGGUCACCGGUGUCCUAAAGUACGCAAAACUUUAUUCUGAGGUCGUGCAUACUUUCACCGAGGUCUCGGCAUCGCAGCCGCUACCUGACGUGGUGCACCGAGAUGCGCGAGUCACGUGUGUACCUUUACGCGUACGAGAUGCGGAGACAGUGGAGGGAUACAGGAUUCCCAGGUGUCCCAGGAUCCUCAUCGUUUCCACGACAUAGGUAGUAGGCACGUAAUUGGCACUGGG